UUGCGUUUGUGCCUCGAGAGCCUUCUUCAUCCAGUUGCUAGAAGCGAGACCUUUGCGUUGUGAGAAAACUCUCAUGUCGCCGUCAAGUGCAAAGGUCAUGAUGUUAAGUGCUCCUUUGAGGCUACAGCCAUUUGACAUCUUGUCACGGCAACCCGGAGUUGCCAGCACGUGAUGCGUAUGGGAGUAUUCACGACAAAGAUCCUCAGUCUUGCUAGUGUUAUAACUGUCUGAAAGCAAGCUACACUCUUCUUUCCACUGUCCAUACCCUUAUCUACAAUCACACCCCCCUCCUGAGUGGCUGUUCGCUGGUCUGUUCGCUGGUAUGUGGCCAUCCAGGAUGCCAAUACCCCCGGCGCAUCUAAACCGCAGGAAGGUGUUGCCGGGUCCAGAACGUCACAUCUACUCAGAUACUUCCCUCUUGCAUGGAGAGCCCCCAGAAGUCAAGACAGGUGCACAGCUAAGCCUUGAGGAAACCUUACAGGGAUCGAGCUCCAAUCAAGCCCUAGCGCAGCCAGGGCAAGCCAAACCUGGCCAGCUCGCUGGACACCCGAAGCUACGUGAUACGAAACCGCGUCUUCUGUUGAUGGGACUUCGCAGGAGCGGCAAGUCGUCUAUAUCCAGCGUGGUCUUCCAUAAGAUGCCGCCUACUGAAACUCUGUUCCUGGAAUCGACUACUCGUAUUCAGAAAGACUCUAUCCACUCUUUCAUGGACUUCCAGGUCUGGGACUUUCCGGGACAGCUGGAGUAUCUCGAGCCCUCUUUCGAUCUUGAAGACAUCUUUGGCUCACUGGGAGCUCUGGUCUGGGUCAUCGAUGCUCAGGACGACUACUUGGACUCGGUCGCACGUUUGAACCGCACCAUCUUGACUGUCCAGCAGUACUACCCUAACAUCAACAUCGAAGUCUUCAUUCACAAGGUCGACGGCCUUUCUGACGAAUACCGCACCGAUACUUUCCAGGAUAUCGUUCAGCGUAUCUCAGACGAACUUAGCGAUGCUGGCUAUGAGAACGCCCCAGUCCAUUACUACCUCACUUCCAUCUAUGACUACUCGGUUUUCGAAGCGUUCAGCAAGGUCAUCCAGAAACUGAUCCCUCAGCUCUCAACUUUGGAGAACCUGAUCAACAUCCUUGUCAAUAACUGCGGAUUCGAAAAAACCUACCUUUUCGACGUUCUCAGCAAAAUCUACAUUGCAUCAGACACUCGUCCGGUCGACAUGGCAUGCUACGAGAUGUGCUCCGACUACAUCGAUGUCAUUGUUGACAUCUCGGAGCUCUACUCCUGGGACCACCCGGACCGCAAGCCAAAGGGCGACCAGAUGCGCGAGGCAGAGAGUCACGUGAUGCUCCAUGACGGGAGCAUGAUUCAUCUCAUGGAGAUGAACAAGUACCUCUGCCUCGUCUCCGUCAUCCGCAACCCGGAGGCGGGCGACAAGAAGGGUCUGAUCGACAUGAACUGUCGGACCUUCCAGAAUGCCCUCAAUGAGGUCUUCUCCCGGAGCUGGGAGCAAGACGGAGAGGGAGAAGCAGUUCAGCAGGAGUGAACGGGCCCCCGAAAUGGGGAAGAAACCGGCCGGUGGUGUAGUUUGGUACGGCACGGAGACGUCGCUGUCAGAAAGGACACGCGAUGAAUGUCGGGUCUCGUACCUGGCGCUCGUCGCGUGUCCUUUCUGGCAAUGUUUCCUCCGUGCCGUACCUUAACACCGUUUUGGAUGGCCCCCCGUGGCCUGGUUUAAAUGUAUUAUUUGAAACGACAAUACCAAUUUGCUUUUUUUUACUCAGGCAUUGUAG